AGCAAAGAUCAGUCCACAGUUCACUGCCAUGAAAUGACAACUGACUAAGAGACGUGGCAGAGAUUCCAGACGGAAGGGAACAAGACGAGAACUUCUGAGGAUUAUAUGUGGCGACGGGAUUGCAAAGACCGACGAAAGUAUAAGGUGUCGAGAAGACAAGACAAGUUCACACCUCGACAGUGCUGACUCUGAGAAGAUGGACAUCCUUGAGACAGAUGCCUUCGACAGGCGGCAGAGGAGAAACAUGUCCUGUGCUCUCCUCCUUUCUCUCUUGCCCUUCUUUUUGUCCGCAGCUCUGUUCUUCUACCUGUGGACACCUGACUCAUCUGCAUCCAUCAUGUCUGCAGGUGUCAAAUCAGCACCGGUCCUCCUAUUGGCUGCAGCAGUGCUGAGCUGGAAUGGCGGUCAGAGUGUCCUCGGUGUGGUGGGAGGAUUGAUAUUCUCUGCUGUUGGUGACUGCUGCUUAGUGUGGCCUGAUCUUUUUCUGCCUGGAAUGGCUGCGUUCGGCGUGGCUCACCUGCUGUACUCAUUCACCUUCCUCUCCAGUCGCUAUUCGGCAUAUUCCUCCUCCUCCUCCUCUUCCAUCUGGAUUCGUUCUCUGUAUCUGAUCCUGUUCAUGAUUGGAGGUGGUUUCUACAUCUACAUGUAUCCGUUUCUGCAGAAGGCGCCAGACUCGGGUGUACUGCUUCCAGCUGUCGGGGUGUACAUUGCCUUGAUUGUUCUGAUGGGGUCAUUAGCCAUCAGAACCCGCAACAUGGCAACGCUGUUAGGAAGUCUGGUCUUCAUGGUGUCUGACCUGUCACUGGCUCUGCAAGUUUUCAAAGUGGUCGCACCGAUGGAGCAUGGUCACGUCGUUGUGAUGGUAACAUAUUAUUUGGCACAGCUGCUGAUCGCCGUGGGCGAUGUUAAUGCAGCCAACAGCAAUGACGACAUUGCAAAAUGGAAGCGGUCCUAAACUAGCCUCUUUUAAUAUU